AUGGCAGCCACCUCGUCCCGACCGGCAGCGCGGCGCGUCCCCUUCCCCAUCUUCGAAGACGAGUCCAAGCCGCUCGACCUCUCGACCCUCCCAUCGGACCACUUCCUCGCCCAGCGACCCGUCACUCCGCCCCGUCCCGAGUCGGUCAUCGACGAGGCCAACUGGGCCGACCGCGCGAGGCCAGACACUUCGUCGCUUGCCGCUGCAGACUACGACGUCUCGGUCGCAACAGGGUUUUUGCCGCCCGAGGAGCCUGUGCAGACGCUGCGAGGGGUUGGACACGGAUGGGACGAGGUGGAGAAUGCGCUCGAGCGGGCGCAGGAGGAGGCAGCGAGCAUGCCGGGCGGAGGUGUCGGCAAGCUCAGCGAAGGAUGGCGGGAGAGCGUGCGCAGGCUCCCCCGCGCCUCGGUCGACGUCCUGGCGACGCUGCCGAUGAUCCGCCGCGCGCACACGCUCCUCGCCCACAUCGAGCACUUCUACAUGCACUCGACUUUCCCUUCCCAGACUGUCGUCUGCGCAUCCAUCGCCGCUCCCCUCGUUGAAGUCAGCGACCGCCUCGGCCUCCCGCCCAUCCUUACUUACGCCGACACCGUCUUGUGGACCUGGAAAAUGACCGACAAGUCGCUCGGCCUCCGCGCCGACAACCUCGAGAUCACGACGACCUUCACCUCGACGCCCUCCGAGCGCGCCUUCUUCCUCCUCUCGCUCUUCUGCGAGCUCCACGGCCCGUCAAUCCUCCGCCUCAUGUCGUCGACCCUCGACGAGUCUUUCUUCGCCGACUCGAUCGCUCUCGCCCGUAUCGCGACCUACCUAAACUCGAUCUCGGCUCUCAUCGACGAGUUGACGGCUCUCAUGGCUGGCGCGACCCGCGGUCCGUUCGGUCCCGAGGGGAGGGAGCGCAUCUCGCCCGAGGCGUUCUACUGGGAGAUCAGGCCGUGGUUCAACGGUGGAAAGUGGACGUUUGAGGGAGUCGGCAAGAACGGAGAGGACAAGGUGAUGGAAUGGGGAGGACCGUCGGCCGGACAGUCGAGUCUCGUCCAUGCGCUCGACGUCUUCCUCGGCGUCGACCACGCGCCUCGUCACGGUCACGCGCAGUCGAGUGCAGACAAAGCGAACGGCCACGAAUCGCAAGGCUUCCCCAACACCUUUGUCGAGCCGCCUUCUCCGACCGCCGCCUCGUCCUCCAAGCCCGCUCCUCCCGCCAUCGUCGUCGACAAAGCCGCUCUGCACAAAGCGCCCUCGGAUGAGACCUUCAUGCAGCGCAUGUCGCACUACAUGCCAGGCCACCACCGCGCUUUCCUCCGGCACCUCGAGUCGCUGCACCACCCGAACCCGUCCGCACCCAACGCGCCCGUUCUCCCCUCCCUUCGCAAGCUCGCCAAGCGCCAUCCGGCCGAACUCGGACAGGCGUACGACGGCGCCGUCGCGGCGAUGAAGCGCUUCAGGGACCAGCACAUGCGGCUUGCGACGGUCUUCAUCGUGCAGCAGGCGAGGAGGGAGCCUGCGCGCGAGUCGGUGCACUGGGCCGAGUGGGAGGCCAAGCGCGUUAAGAAAGAGGCGGAGAAGGAGGAGCGCAGGAGGUUGGGCCUGGUCGAGGGCGCGAAGAGGGAGGCGAUUGCGGGAACGGGAGGGACAGACCUCGUCACGUUCCUCAAGCGGUGCCGCGAGCGUACCGUCGAGGCGUUGCUGCAGCAGGAGUGA